ACUUCAUUUGUCAAAGAAAAUGCCUUCUGUUUGGGUUUGUGGGGUUCUCUGGUUCUAAAGUGAAAAAGACUGAAUUGUAAUUAUGAACAAGUUUAAUAUUCAUUAACCAUGCUGAUUGAUUGUUAUCUUGUAGCCUUGCACCAAUCACAUAAAUUUGUGUUCUUUACGCGUGUGUGAAGUACCAAACAAUUGUGUGUGAGUGUGUUGAUUGAUUGGGUUUGAUACUUAGUGAUGAGGGUAUUGGUUCAUUUCUGCAAAAUCAGCAGUUGCAGAAUUGAAAAAGAUUUUUGUUUAUAAAGACUUCUGGAAAUUGCAAUCACAAUGUGGUGUGGGCAUCCAGAAAGUUCCUUGCUUUGAUCCCCUUUAUAAAUAGCUCACCAUUUCCCUCUUUCUCUUGAUCUGGGUAUAGAAGUAUCAAGUCAUGUAACCUUGCUGGGGGCACUUAAAGCGGAGAAGUUUCAGAACAUAGUCCAGAUAAUUGAUUUGGUCCAUUCAAUUGCAAGCUUGGGCUAUUGUACGUAAACUACUAUGGAGAGAAAUUGGCUUCUUCCUGGUGUAGACAGAAUCAGUGAUCUUCCAAGCAAUGUGAUAGACCACAUCCUAGCACGUUUGCCAUUGAAAGACGCUGUGAGAACCAGUACCUUGUCAAAGAACUGGAGGGAAAAAUGGCAUACAUUGCCACAUAUUAUAGUUGAUGAGAACUUUUUUCAUCAACGGUCACGACAGAAUCUUGAGGGCAUAAUCAAUUACAUCCUUACUAGAAAUGAAGGAAACAUUGAGAAAUUUUUUGUGUCUGUUGAUGAAGUGAAGGAAUGUUACAAUUUGAAGUUGUGGAUAUGGAGGCUGUCUCAGAAGUCAAUUCAAGAGCUAUCUCUCGUGAUGUAUAGAGGUCAGCGUAAUGAAGUACCAUCUAGUUUGUUUUCUUGUCAGCAGUUGAGGAAGUUAAACCUCUGUCAUUUGGAGAUUAAAUGGGCACAUUCAUUUGAAGGUUUUCCUAAUCUUAUUUUCCUUCAGUUGAGCAACGUUAACAUUGAAACUUCUGUUUUUGAAAGGCUUAUUUCUAGCUGCCCACUCCUUGAACAACUGUUUGUCAGAAAUUUGAGCUGUACAGAUCAUCUUCACAUCAAUGGCCUCUGUCUCAAGUAUUUUUGCUUUGAUGGAGAUUGCAAAUCUAUGAGUUUCAACACUCCACUUCUUGAGGCUUUGAAUAUCAAAUUAUAUCGAAUGGGUCCUGAAAAUAACCCGUUUGAUCUCAGAUUCAAAUUGCAUGGUCUGCCACGUGCAAUUACGGGGCUUUAUGUGCACUGUCCAUUUCAGAGGUUCUUGGCUGCAGGUGAUACAUUUACUGAAGUUUCAACGUAUUAUAGGCAUCUAAGGACCCUUGUAAUCUGUGCAUUUUGUUUCGAGAGGGUGGAUGAAGUCUCACUUCUCCUCUCUUUGAUUGGAAGUGCCUUAAGCUUGCAAAUUCUUGAUAUAAAAGCAUGCAGCUGCCAAAACGAAGGUGCCUCUGAACCUAUUCUACAAUUUUGGGAAGAGCAAAAUCAUUCUCUUUUCUCCUUCAAUCUAUUACAGAGAGUGGCGGUGAGAUCUUUCCAUGGUAAAGAUUACGAGACAAGGUUUAUCCAAUUUUUGCUGGCAAAUUCGCCUAUCCUCGAGCAGAUUACUGUUGAAUGCAUGACUAAUCCCAACUUCAACCAGGAUGAAGUACAGGCGGCAUUGUUGUCAUUUUGUGGAGAUCCAACAAAAUUGAAUUUUAUUAAAGGAAUCUAUAAUCCUCCUAGGGUCGAUUCAUCAGAUUCCAAUGACAACUCGAACAGUUCUCUCUCUUCUUCUGAUGGUGAUUAGCUCUAAGGUCAGGGGGACAACACUGAAAAGGAGAGGUGUUUGAUCUCGAACUUAUGCGCAUAAACGUUUAGGCAGAUUGACUUUUUGUUUUGAACAGAGAAUAUGCUAUAUGAGACAGUGAAUUGAAUUAGAGAGGGAGAAAGUUGCAUGACUAGUUUCUACUCGGAGUUUAUACGAAUGAAUUGAAAGAACGCCUCUGCUUACACAUAUAUAGUAUACACUUGUUUUCUUUGUUCUUUCA